UUGAGAGGGAGACCGGGGCAUAAACGCCUUCCAAAUCUACUUUUCCGAAAAGUUAAAAGAUUCACUGUUGCCUCGGGUCCUUGGGAGUUGGUGUCAAAAGAUUCAUAGACUUCGGUUAUAGUGUUAACCGAAACAUAAACGUUUGAAUUAAUUGCCAUUUACUUUUUAUUUUUCUCUGAGUACCUUAGGCAUCGGGUGCGUUAAUAACUGAGGUAGUAGUUAAGAAAUUUUAACUUAAAUUGUUCAUUAUCUUCUUCGCAGCCUCGCGUUCUUCUUCUUUCUUGCGUUCUCCUUCUUCUUCCUUGUGCAAGAGUCGUUCUUCAUCUUCCUUGAGGCAUAUGUUGCUUCGUCUUCCUCGCGGGCCAUUGUUGUCGUCUCUUGCCUCUGCCUCGUCGCUGUUGCCAACAUCUUCGUCGCCGUGUUAUCGCCUCAGCCUCCGCCUCACUCGUAGCGCCUCUGCCUUUGUCGUCACGCCUCUGUUGUGGUCGCCUCUGUUGUGGUUGUGGCAACCACGGUAAGUUGUCUUUGCUGUUGGGAGUGAAGCAACUUCUCGAUAACUGCUCCUAGGGUUCUAAUCCAUGAUUACCUUUUCAAGCUGGUUCCGAUCGGCGAUUCCGGCGUGGGGAAGUCCAACCUUUUCUCGCGCUUCACGCGGAAUGAGUUCAAUUUGGAGUCCAAGUCUACCAUAAGAGUUGAGUUCACCACCAAGAGUUUGAAUAUCGAUUCCGAGGUCAUCAAGGCUCAGAUUUGGGACACCACUGGCCAGUAAACAAAGAAAAGGACUAUCUAGAACGCUGGAUCUGAAUUUUCUGUUGCUUAUUCUCUGUUUCUCCAUUUCCCAAUUGUGAUUCAGAUUCGUGAUUUGGAUCUGAGAAAAUGGAUCAAGAAAAUGGCGAUGGUGACAUAGAAGGCGGUGGCGACGAUGAUGGUUUUCGCUCAGGCCGCAAGUAUCGUCCUGUGUUGGCCAAUGAUCCGCGGUGCUCGAAAUGUCUUCCAUAGAUCCGGGAUCUACUUCUUCUUCCACUUAUGCAUUUACAGAUAUUCCUUCUAAUAUCAGGUAUUCACACUGUUCCAUCUCCACCUAUUUUCUUCUCUAGCGAUUGUGCCGAUUUCAUUUCGUUUCGUAAUAAGAAACUUGUGCCCCAUCGGAAGAAUUGGGCGAUGUUUUGACUUGUUGUUGCUUGCGAUUGAAACAAGUGAGAUUUUGUAUGUGAGAGUGCGAUAAUGUGUUGUUGUGAAUGAAUGUAAGCUAGUCACUUGUGUCGAGUUGAUUUUGUGUGUGAGUGCGAUUCUGUUUAAUUGUGAAGGAAAUGAAGUUAGUCGAUUGUGAUGAGUUGCUGUUGUUUAUUCUGAGUUUUAUUUUUCUGUGGUCAAAAAAGUGAAAACUAGUCUUAGUGGGAGUUUGGAUGCUAAAGAAGGCAACGCUUCUCAUCAACAACAACCUAAUGGAUCCCAGCAGCAGGAAUCUAAAUUGGAACUGUUCGGUUUUGACUCUCUUGUCAACAUUCUUGGUCUCAAAAGUUUGUCUUAGGAUCCAAGUGAAUAAAGAGAAUAAGGAAUUCAAGAUGAAGGCGUCUUUAAAGGGUGAUUUUUAUAAGCCAACAUUUGGUGGCUUUAUGGACUUGGAUUUGACAAAGGAUAAGAAAAUUUCUCUUAGGCAAGCUCAUCUUUUUGUGUUCAACAAUGGCACUGGACCAAUCACCAUGGAAAAGGAUGAGACAUGAAAUCUGCUCAAAUAAAAUGAUUAGCUAGAAAUCAAUUAGGAUGGGACAUGAAAUCUGCUCAGGGCAUGGAGAUACUGCCUCGGUUCCUUUUGAACCGAGGCGUAAAGUUCUUCCAAAAAAAAAAAAACAAAAAAUCUACUGCAUCGGCCUUUGAACCGAGGUAAAAUCCUACAACUUUUUGCCUUGCUUUUAUAUGCCUCGGUUCAGGAACCGGUGUCUAUGGACGAAAAUAGCCGCUGCCGUUGCCCCUGACUGCACUAGUGACAGUACUAUGAUAGAUUUACUUCUUACAUGUAUGAUUAGAUUUUUUCUUAUUAUAUCAUUUUAUUCUUAUA